AUGCCGACCCUUAAGCUCGACCUGCCUACGGGCAUCAAGACCACCAUUCAGGCCGACCUGUUCAUCAACAACAAGUUUGUGCCUGCUCUCGACGGCAAGACUUUUGCCACCAUCAACCCUUCCACCGGCAAGGAAAUCGGCCAAGUUGCCGAGGCUUCUGCCAAGGAUGUCGAUCGCGCUGUCAAGGCUGCUCGCGAGGCGUUCGAGACCACCUGGGGUGAGAACACGCCCGGUGAUGCUCGUGGAAGGCUUCUGAUCAAGCUUGCCGAGCUCGUUGAGGCCAACAUCGACGAACUUGCCGCCAUCGAGUCGCUCGACAACGGCAAGGCCUUCUCGAUCGCCAAGGGCUUUGACGUGGCUGCCGUCGCCGCCAACCUGCGUUACUACGGUGGCUGGGCCGACAAGAACCACGGCAAGGUCAUCGAGGUCGACACUUCGCGCCUUAACUACACCCGCCACGAACCCAUCGGCGUCUGCGGUCAGAUUAUCCCCUGGAACUUCCCCCUGCUCAUGUUUGCCUGGAAGAUCGGACCUGCGCUCGCCACGGGUAACACCAUUGUGCUCAAGACCGCCGAGCAGACGCCGCUCUCGGCCAUCAAGCUUUGCGAGCUCAUCGUCGAAGCCGGCUUCCCCCCUGGUGUCGUCAACGUUAUCUCUGGUUUCGGUCCCGUCGCUGGUGCCGCCAUCUCGCAGCACAUGGACAUUGACAAGAUCGCCUUCACUGGAUCCACGCUUGUCGGCCGCAACAUCAUGAAGGCUGCAGCUUCGACCAACCUGAAGAAGGUGACGCUCGAGCUCGGUGGCAAGUCGCCCAACAUCAUCUUCAAGGACGCCGACCUGGACCAGGCUGUGCGAUGGUCCGCCUUCGGUAUCAUGUUCAACCAUGGACAGUGCUGCUGUGCCGGCUCGCGUGUCUAUGUCGAGGAGUCGAUCUACGACGCUUUCAUGGAGAAGAUGACCGCCCACUGCAAGGCGCUCCAGGUGGGUGACCCCUUCGCCGCCAACACGUUCCAGGGUCCCCAGGUGUCACAGCUGCAGUAUGACCGCAUCAUGGAGUACAUCGAGUCUGGCAAGAAGGACGCCAACCUGCACCUCGGUGGUGUGCGCAAGGGCGACCAAGGCUACUUUAUCGAGCCCACUAUCUUCACCGACGUGCCCCACGAUGCCAAGAUCGCCAAGGAGGAGAUCUUUGGUCCCGUCGUCGUCGUUUCUAAGUUCAAGGACGAGAAGGACCUCAUCCGCAUCGCCAACGACUCGAUCUACGGUCUUGCUGCUGCCGUGUUUAGCCGUGACAUCAGCCGUGCCAUCGAGACGGCGCACAAGCUCAAGGCCGGCACCGUCUGGGUCAACUGCUACAACCAGCUCAUCCCGCAGGUUCCAUUCGGUGGUUACAAGGCCUCGGGUAUUGGCCGAGAGCUGGGCGAAUACGCGUUGACCAACUACACCAACGUCAAGGCGGUCCACAUCAACCUGAGCCAGCCCGCUCCCAUUUAA